GUAUGAGUGUCGAGUGGUGCUUGUCUGCUUAGUGAUGGAGAUAUGUGGUCGUGCGUUAAUACUAUCUAAACCAUCACCUAUGUUGUAAUGCUCUUUGACCGGGUUGUUGAUUGACCAAACUGAGCUCAACACAUUUCCUUGUGGGAAACGAGGCAAGGCAGAAAGAGCUGCACGCCGCGGAACGAACACACACACACACACCUGAGAAGAGCAGAAAAACAGAAGAUGGAGGCAGUAAAGAGGUGGAGGUCAGACUGGAGGUAUCCCACCACUCUACUGUGCACCUACGGAUUCUUCAGCACAGUUAAACCCCUGGAGCCUUUCCUCAUCCCAUACAUGACGGGACCAGACAAGAAUCUGACAACACAGCAGGUUAAUAAUCAGAUUUUCCCAGUGUGGACAUACUCCUACCUGUCUGUGCUGGUGCUAGUGUUUCUGCUGACUGACUGGCUACGUUACAAGCCUGUGGUGGUGUUCCAGUGCGUUAUGCUCUUCAUCACCUCCUCACUGCUGCUCUGGACAAAAAGUGUGCCAGCCAUGCAGGCCACGCAGUUCUUCUACGGGGUGGUAACAGCCAGCGAGGUGGCCUAUUUCUCCUACAUUUACAGCGUGGUAGAUCUGAAGAGAUACCGCAAGGCCACCUCUUACAGCCGCAGUGCCCAGCUCCUGGGGUACACAGUGGGCUCGGUGCUGGGCCAGCUCCUUGUCAGCUUCAGCCUCAUGUCCUACAACAGCAUCAUGGUGUUUACUCUGGUUCUUAUCGCUAUUGCUCUCCUUGCUUCAAUCCUCCUGCCAAUGCCAGAUCAGAGCAUGUUCUUUCAUCGCAGACAUACUGGACAAAACAAUUCAGCAGAGGAAGACAGGACUGUGGACGCAACAGAACACACAAGUAGCUCAAUGGUAUCCUUGGAAGAAAUGAGAGAUGAAAAGGUGGAGAAAGGAGGAGAAGCAAAGAAAGAAGAAGCAAAAGGAGUGGGAGAAAAGGAGCCUAAGGCCGAGGACACCGCAGAGACUGUUGGUGCAGAGAGCUGCAGCAAAGUUCUCCUCCGGCUGUGGAGGGACUUCUGCCACUGCUAUUCCUCCAGACAGCUGCUCUAUUGGUCCCUGUGGUGGGCAAUGGCCACCUGUGGCUACAACCAGACUAUCAACUAUGUGCAGGUGCUGUGGGAGCAUGUGCAGCCUUCUCAGAACUUCAGUAUUUACAAUGGAGGAGUAGAAGCGGUGUCCAACUUGUUCGGUGCAGCUACAGCCUAUGGUAUAGGCUUCACUGAGGUGAGAUGGGAACAGUGGGGAGAGCUGGCUCUGGGUGGUUUCUCUGGACUCGGGGCAGCAGCACUCUUCCUCAUGAGCUUCGUCAGCAACAUCUGGGUCUGCUACACUGGUUACGUCAUUUUCAAGAGCCUAUACAUGCUGUUAAUAACAAUAGCCAUGUACCAGAUUGCAGCUGACCUGUCAUUGGACAGAUAUGCACUGGUCUUUGGAAUGAACACCUUUGGCGCGUUGGUUCUACAGACGAUUAUCACUUCCGUUGUGGUUGACAGUGGAGGACUGGGCCUGGCCAUCAUUCCUCAGUUCAUCGUAUAUGCCAGCUACUUCUCAGUCAUCGCCGUUGUUUUUUCACUUCGAGGACUCUUCACCAUUUGGAGAGUACAGAGGAGCAAAACAGAGACGACCCCACCAGACAAAAAUGAAUCUCCAGGCGUUGAUGAGGACAGAUUCUGAAUAUAUGGAAUUUUGCACUGGAAACUGAGAUAAUCACAUGUGCCUUUGAUUCCCAUUGUGGCCACACGCCGGUUUAAAAGCAGAAAAACCUUCAAAUUACUGACUAACACCAUGGAUAUAAAUGGAUUUUUAAAAAAC